GCUGCCGCCGGCCGCGCUCCUGCGCCGGGGACUCGCCGCGGCGGCAGCAGCGGGAGGGGCAUCAUCGUCGGCAUCGCGGGUUGACGGCGCCGCGGUGGGAACGGCCGCGGCUGGCGCCGCUUUGCCUUCCCUCUCCUGCGCGCUGGGCUGCGCGGCGGCGCAAGUCCCACGCCCGGUUCUCCUCCUCCUGCCGCCGCCGCGCGCACUGCGGAUCGCUCAACGGGAGAGUGAGGGACGUUUUGACGCUGCGACCACCCCCCUCCGCCCCCGUUUUGUGUUUGUGUUGGGUUUUUUAAUUUAUUUUAAAUUUUUUUUUCUCCCCCUCUUUCUUCGCCUGCUCCGCUCCGGGGUCUUUGCCAGCGACAAGGACAGCAGCGCCCCUGGGGAAGCCGGAGCCUUGCGGAUGCGCCUCCCCGGGACCGGGGGCGCUGACUCUCGGAGUGGAUUUAUUGACUCGCGGUUGCUUCCGAGCUCCCCCAAACAGCCCGGGCUGGUGCCUGUGCGGAUUGCAAACUGCAGGGAGCAGUGAGAGACACGCAGGAGGAGCCUCCUGCCGAAGCUGUGUCCCUUUCCCCCGACCCCUUUAUUUCUCUCACCACCAUUUAUUUUACCUUUUUUUUUAAAACUCAUUUUCACGCGAGCCGUAGACACUGUGAACGUGUAUGGCGCACUGGAUCCAGAUGGGAGUUGGCAAUUUGAGUGGUAUCUUCCAAGGCAGCCAGGAGACCCCCAGUAAGAGGAAGGACUGAGGCGUUUGCAUUUUUUUGUUAUUGCUCUUGUUACUUCGGAGGUAGCUUGGAUCUUACCUCGCAGGAGAAUUUCCUAUAUGCGAGUGGCGUACAUGACUCAGUAGAUCUGCUUGCAGCUCUCACCGAGUGCAUCGUCGACCCUUCGCGUGUGAUUUUUAAUUUUUUUUUUUUUCAUCUUCCGUAUCAGUCGUCCCGGCUGUUGGGAUACCGGGCACCCACUUUGCUGUCGCUGCUCAGGUGCGGGGGAGCCGCACGGCGGAGUUGGCGAGGCUCCGGGGAGGAACUCGGUGCCGCCUGCGACCAUGGCAGCGCGGAGGCGAGACGCCUCCGCCUGGAAGUACUGUUGGGGAGUCGCGAUGGUUUUAUGCAGAACUGCGCUGGCGAGGUCCAUCGUUUUAGACCCCAUAUAUUGGAAUUCCUCCAACCCCAAAUUCCUUCCUGGACAAGGAUUGGUACUAUAUCCACAAAUAGGAGACAAACUGGAUAUUAUAUGCCCAAAGGUGGACUCUAAAACUGUUGGCCAGUAUGAAUAUUAUAAGGUCUACAUGGUUGAUAAAGACCAAGCAGAUAGCUGUGCUAUUAAAAAGGACAAUACACCUCUACUCAACUGUGCCAAGCCAGAUCAAGACGUUAAGUUUACCAUCAAGUUUCAAGAGUUCAGUCCUAAUCUCUGGGGCCUGGAAUUUCAGAAGAACAAAGAUUAUUACGUCAUAUCAACAUCAAAUGGGUCUUUGGAGGGCCUGGAUAACCAGGAGGGAGGGGUGUGCCAGACAAAAACCAUGAAGAUCCUCAUGAAAGUUGGACAAGAUCCAAACUCAGCGGGGCUGCCCCGGCACACGGAUCCCACCAAGCGCCCUGAGCAGGAAGCUGGCACCAACGGGAAGAGUUCCACCACCAGUCCCUUUGUGAAGGACCACUCAGGAUCUAGCACAGAUGGCAGUAAGGCUGGGCAUUCCAGUAUACUGGGUUCAGAGGUGGCCUUAUUUGCAGGGAUUGCAUCAGGGUGCAUCAUUUUCAUCGUCAUCAUCAUCACUUUGGUGGUUCUUUUGUUGAAGUACCGGAGAAGACACAGGAAGCAUUCCCCGCAACACACGACAACUCUCUCACUUAGUACGUUAGCCACCCCAAAACGCAGUGGCAACAACAAUGGUUCUGAGCCCAGUGACAUUAUCAUUCCUCUAAGGACUGCAGACAGUGUCUUUUGCCCCCACUAUGAAAAGGUCAGCGGCGACUAUGGACAUCCUGUGUACAUAGUUCAAGAGAUGCCUCCUCAGAGUCCAGCAAACAUUUAUUACAAGGUCUGAGAAACACACAACCAACUCCGUGGUACAGUUGAGUCAUAGAGGAAACUCACUGGUCAAAUGCUUUCUGUUGGGGUUUGUGAUGAUGCCUUGUGCACUAGCAUUGACUCAAGCACAGGGGGGAGAAGGCGACAGCUCUUUCUCCAGGAGCCGGUGCGAGCUGGACAGCUUACCUAGUCUGUAGAAUUCCUAUCUCGGUGAAUAAGUAUUCACUAAAAGCUGGAAGACUUUUACGUAGAAGAUGCCCAUUCUGAUUGCUGUACUCUUGUUACAUUCAUCAUCCUCAAAGCCAUGUGCUGCAGGCGUUCACGCAUGUACGAAAGCCAAGGGAAGAUGGAGUGAUCCAUGGAUGUUAAUAGUUCUAGGCAUCCUGGGAAGGUGCUCUAGGAUAUAUCAAGCUUGAAAUGCAAUCUUCUGACUUUUGUGUGUGUCUCUCAGUGCGUACUGGAUUUGUCACAUAGACCUUGGUGUCUAAGUAAGACUUGUUAAAGUUCUCUUGCUUUUAGUCUGUCACUGUUCCAUUUGUUUCUGUUAUCCGGUGCUCUGCCAUCCUUCACAUAAGAUUUCCUUUCACUCCACCUCCUGAAUCACUAAUGGAACAUUAAUGUUUGGAGAUCUGCGCUCCAUCCAUCUGCUACAGCAGCCUCACUUGAAUGGGUAAUGCGGUUAUAGAAAUUGUGUUUGAUAGUAAGGAGCCUUCCAGCCAAAAAGUUGGGCUGUCAACAAAGUCAAGAGCCGGACUGGGUGGUGGAGGGAAGGGCUGACUGCAGUUGCAGUUGAAUACUGCUGCCUCAAAAAUAGAAGCUGAGAAGAAAAAUCAAAAAAAACCCAACAUUUAGGUAGCACAGCACUUUGGUAUGCUAAGUUUUAAGAGGCAAGUAGGAGACACAAUAACAUGCGCAGUGGAUUAGGGCUGCAUUGGAAGGAAUUAAUGGUUAUCAAAUACCAGUGUGCAGAAAAAAAAUAGUACCUUCAAUACAGUAGAACAAAGGGGUAUUGUUAGCAAGUGAACAAGCUAUGUCCUGGAGAGGACAAGACAAUAGCAGGCCAUUAGGAUAUAUUAGGGCAGGGCUGUUGUGGUACUGGCAAUAAAAUAUACAGCUUUGAAGCUGUAGCGAAAACGUAGUCUGCUUUGGAUGACUUUUAAGCAGACUCAGCUGCUAUACUAUCACAUUAUACUAAACACAGGGAAAGCAUGUAAGAAAAUAGCAGAGAGCCAAAUCUGACCAAGAUGAUUAUAAGCCAAUGGGUCAAACAAGCUGUAAUUCUAUCACUGGUAAGGUUGUGGAAAAAAAAGCCUUUCUCAUCUCUAAAAGUAAGACAGAAUUUCUUUCUGACUGAGCCUUUUGACACUUUGGUUUAUUGUAGUGCUGUCCCUGCACAGUGGGUGUAGGUACUGUGACUGACACAGGCGUUCAUUGGUGCUCUGUUGCAAAGUUAAAGCACAUAUGGCAAACCUCUUGCAGUCCGUAAGAAUAAAAUAAAUUAUGACACUGAGCUGGAGAAGGAAGAUAUGUCUUAUUUAUAAUUGGUGUAUAGAACACGAGGGAUAUAAAGUGAGUUUUUCUUUUGUUCAUUCUUCCUUUUUUAUUUUGGUUUGCUUUUUUUACUAAUAUAUAUUUUGAGAUUGCACAGAAAAGAAACUGCUUCUGGGAAAAAACAUCAGCCAUCCAAACAAUGGGAGCAUAUUAAAAAAACCACAACCAAAUCCAAAGCGUCUUGUAAGAGAAAACUAGGAAAUAUAAGGCCCAAAAUAUGAGGAAGGCAAUGUUACUGCAUCACAUAUUUAACAGUGAUAAGAUAUGCCGGCAUUUAUUUUGUGUGUUGCAUUUUCCCUUGCCUUAUGGGCUGAUGUGUUCUGUAGAUUUCAUUGAGGUUUGUAGAGGGGGGUUUCAGGUUAAAGUUUUCUCUUUAGUAUGGCUAUUCCCCUAAAGCUCCCAAUCUGGGGAGGAAAUAAAAAAACUCUACUUUUAUAUGUGCUAUGCAAAUAGACAUUUCUAACAUAGUCAUGUUACUAUGGUAACACUUUGCUUUCUGAUUUGGAAAGAAAAUGUAGCAACAGCAUUUUGGGGUUCUUAGACCUCCAGUGAGCACCUGAAAAAAAAAAAAAAAGAAAAAAAGAAAAGACAAAAAACCUGUCAUAGAAAUGAUCACUCUGUUUCCUGAACCUGAAAAUGAUGUUGGGAUGUUGGUCCAAAAGAGAGAAACAAAACAAAAAAAAAUCCCAACCCAUGGUUCUGUGGAGGGUUACCAUGGUGACUAACUACAGUACAUAUGUAAUUCUUUUCAACAACCCUUCCUUUCUGUGAAUCCAUCCAUACAAGGUUCUCUUGUAAGUCAUUAAGAUUUUAUUUUGGGGGAGGGGGAGGAAGGGAAAAGAUGGGUUUACUGAUACUGAUUUUUAUUAAAUCAAACCUAUGCUUCAUCAGUUGGCUACAUUCUAGUUAUGUACUAAACUGUGAAAAAAAAAAAUCAGACGAAUUGCUCAAGAGCAACCUGCAACCAAUUAAAAAAAAAAAAAAUGUACUGUGCGUCUGUUUUGUGUCUAGUGCAGAAUUAUGACAAUCUACCAACUGUUCCUUUAUUUGACGUUGGUCCAGCUUUGAAAAGUUACUGUAAAUGCCUUGCUUGUAUGAUCAUCCCUAGUCACCCGACUUGGAAUUUGCACCAUCAUGUCUAAGUGAAGAUGCUGUAAAUAGGUUCAGAGUUACUGUAUAUGGAUUUGGGGUGUUACAGUAGCCUUAUUCACCUUUUUAAAUAAUAAUAAUAAAAAAAAAAACCACACAUGAAAACAAGAUAAAAAUGGCUUUUCUUAACCAGAUUGUGUAUAUAGAGCAAUGUUGGGUUUUUAUAAAGUCCGAGCAAGAUGUUUUGUAUAAAAUUUGAAUUUUGCAAUGUAUUUAGCUACAGCUUGUUUAAAGGCAGUGUCAUUCCCCUUUGCACUGUACUGAGGAAAAAAAUGGUAUAAAAGGUUGCCAAAUUGCCGCAUAUUUGUGCUGAAAUUGUGUACCAUGAAUAUUUAUUUAAGAAUUUCUUUGUCCAGUUUGUAAGUAACACAGUAUUAUGCUUGAGUUAUAAGUAAUUUCUUCUUUUUGUUGGUGUUUUUUUUUUUGUUUUUGUUUUUGUUUGUUUGGUUUGUUUGUUCUGUUUUAAAACUAGCCGGUCAUAAGUUUGAAAUCUGCUUUAGUUCCACAUUGCAAUUAGUUCCCGGAAAAUGAAAAUUAUGAAAAUCACAUUCCACGUCUGUUUGAAACUGAAUUUGUUCUUAAAAAAAUAAAAUAUUUUUUUCCUAUG